AUGCAGAGCUCCAAUAUCCCAUAUCAGAACUGGCUGCGUGCGCGCGGUGCCAUGGCGCUAGGCGCUCCCCAGGUCGAUUUCACGACGCUGGGCAUGUUCAUUAUUGACGAGAUCCACUCCGGGCCCCCCAACGCCCGCACCGUCGUCCGCGACGCCAUCGGCGGCGCCGGCACCUACAGCAUCAUCGGCGCCCGCCUCUUCUCCCCACCCCCGCACUCGCACAAAAUCGGCUGGAUCGUCGACGCCGGCCGCGACUUUCCCUCCACCAUCCGCGCGCAGCUCAAAGCACUCGACACCAACCUCCUUCUGCGCGAGGCGCCUGACCGCCUCACCACGCGCGGCUGGAACAGCUACGGCGCCGGCCCAAACGACCAUCGCGAGUUCCGCUACCUGACGCCCAAGAAGCGCCUCGAGGCCGACGACCUGAUCGCCGCGCGCCUCGUCGUCGCAAAGACAAUCCACUUCAUCUGCAGCCCCGUGCGCGCGCAGAUGGUGGCCUACGAGCUGUGCGGUAUCCUGGAUGAUUGUAGACCUGGUGCGGGAGCGGCGACGAGGUUCAUUUGGGAGCCGGUGCCGGAUCUAUGUACGCCUGAGCAUCGGCUCGAUAUGUACAAAACACUCAAGCUCGUGCACGUCAUCUCCCCCAACCACGCCGAGCUCGCCGGCUUCUACGGCAUCGAAGACCCCACCGACAACUCCUCACGCGCCACCAUCGAAGCUCUCACCGCCAAACUCGUCACCGCCGGCAUCGGCCCCCACAACACCGGCGCAGCCAUCGUGCGCUGCGGCAAGAUGGGCUGUCUAGUCUCCUCGCACGGGCGCCCGCCCGUCUGGCUCCCCGCCUACUACAGCACCGACGGCGACAACGGCGAGGGCCCGAACCACGAGAAGGUGGUGGACCCCACGGGCGGCGGGAACACGUUUAUUGGCGGCGUGGCCAUCGGGCUGGUGCGGUAUCCGGGGAACUUUGUGAUGGCUGCGGCGAUGGGCGCUGUGGCGGCGAGCUUUGCGAUUGAGCAGAUUGGCAUUCCGGUGUUGGAGAAGGGGGGGGCGGGGAGGGGGGAGAGGUGGAAUGGCGUGGAGGUGGGGAGGAGGUGGGAGGAGUAUAAGGCGAGGGUGGAGGCUAUGGGGGUGGUGCUGGAGACGUGGGAGGGGAUGGAGGCGCCGGUGUGA